CUGACUCCCACGCCGGCCCACCUCGACCGCGUCCUGUACGUGCCUUACCACUCGCACACGACGGCUCAUCUGCCCCUGUACGAUAUCACGGACGAGUACAGGGCCACCGUCGGCGACUCUCCAGUUGGGGGGUCGGAAUUCAAGCUGAGGCUCUGCGUGAUGAGGAAGCCGGCAUGGAACACCUUUGACGCCCGGGUUGCCUUUCACGUUGAUGUCGAAGCUGAUGGGUCGUUGCUGGCUGUCGAGGAGAGAUGUCUCGGUAUAGGCCACAAGGUACAUGUACGGCUACCAUCUCACCCUGCUGACGAGACUACCAUACAAGCCACGACGCCGGAUGGCAAGGAUGAGCGCCAGUACUCCGUCCAGGUCACCUGCCCCGUCCCGGGGAGGCAGAGGGGCAGAGUCACGAUUCAGUACCCGUAUUUCACCCUGACGCGGAGCGAUGCCGGCCCCGCCAGCGUGGCCGCCCCGCUCCAGUGGCAGGCGUACCCGAUCGAGAAGGGCGCGCUGUGCUACCUGCUCGUCGACACGAGGCUGCACGCCGCGGCCGGCCAGGAGACUCCCGCCGACGAGGCCGUGCGCGCCAUCUACCACCACGCCGGCAUGGAGGACGAGCUGCCCACCCGGUACAGCGAGGGCGUGCUCCUGCUGCCCCGUGGCCAGGGCGGGGCGCUGGACACCCUUGUGACGUCUAGUCUGCUCGGCCUCCUGAGGUAUGACAGAUCUUUUGCGAGGGUCGCCGGGAGGAGGCAGUCUGCUGGACGGUCCAAGCUGAGCAAGGUCAUCCGUAGGGUUCUCGGGGAUGGGGUGCGGACAUGA